AUGCAUACAACGUGCAUUGUGAUAACCUUAUUUUUCGCCUUCCUCUCGGUGGAAGGCGUUCCAUACCGUUCCAUCAAAGCGCCGAAGCCGGUUCACACAUCGGUGAAAGCCAUACCCAGUGUCCUCGUAGUUGGGCAGCCGACUGCCACCAGCAUUUCCUGUUCUGAAGUGGGCGAUCCUACUGUUGAUCCCGCGACCCGUUGGCAACUAGCGGGAGCAGACGAGGCCUUAAUAAAUGCGGUACAGUACUACAGAAACCAAAGCUCUGAGGGUGGCAGUCUGACGCUCUCCCGAGCGGUAUCUCAUUACUUCAAUGGUCCUGAGGACUACGAUUGUCAAUUGAUCGAUGGUCCGUGUAGUGCGGGUGUUGGGAAGUGUGAGACUGUAUCCAGCCCGGCUGGAUGGUUGAUCCUCAAUUCUUUUUCCAAUUUUCAUAACCUAUGGAGCAAUGUCAACACAGCCCUUCAGGAUGCAGAGACCGAUAUAACCCCACAGCUGGGCACUUUUACAUCAACGUUUGCUCCUGCAGUGCAGGACGAUACGGAGAUGACAAAGAUCCUUUUUGAUAUUAGCAAUACCCUCCUCUCUGUGUUUAAAGCUUAUAUUGGAUUCGAAGCGGGCUUUAUUAAAAACCCUGAGUCUGAGUACCUAAGCAAGGGGUCAGACAAAGGGAUAUCUGCCCUUGUCGGUGUCCUUAGUGGAACUCAAUCCCUAGAAAAGGAUCUUUUACCAGCCGCUGAGCAAGAGCAAAUUAAUGAAGGACAGCUUGGAACAGACUUGUCGGAAAUCACUAAUGCUAUGCAGAAAACCUACUCGCAAAUGGUAGCGAAUUUUAGUGAGACGGGUAUCUUCGACUCUGCAUCACCACCCAUCAACCUUGAGGAAUUAUUCUUUAAUGGUACAUGGGUUAAUUCGACUCUCUCAACCAUCGACAAUCGAGACCUUAAAAUCGACUUCGAACAUGCUCUUUAUGGCUUGUUGGCUGAAAGGGCUUGGAGAUUAACCUCAGAGAUUUACCCCGCUGUAGUUAUUAUGAACGAAACAUGCGAUAUCGACGCUCAGUUCAAUACUAUAUAUAACGAUGUUCCUAAAGCCCGAUCUAGCCCCACCCCCAAGUACCUACCAGGAGGCGACACAGAUACUCUCACUGGUGAUAGCGGGACGUGGGGAGGGUUGACCAUUGACGAUAUUGCUAUUAGCUCCUAUAACGGCUUCAUAGCUAACGGCAAUCAACCAGGGUGCCAGAUGCCCAAUACCACAAAUAUCAUUGAGGAUGGACAAGUUAAUACCGAUCCAUUCCCCUUACAAGAUGGGGUCAGAACCCCAGGGUUCUUUAAUAUCCCUACUUGCUAUUAUGACACUAUGGCUACGAUGCUGGAUACGAAAGACUCUUCUUACAACAACCGUGGUCCUAAUUGGCCUUGCCAGCCCUGA